UUAGCAUCGCCCUCUGCUCGUCUUGCCAAACAGACAACGUCUGACAGACUCGUAGCGCGCUUAGCGGAUGAGUAGCGCGCCCGUCCGUCUUGAGUCUCAAACUCGCUGCUUCUCCUUCUGCUUCGACAGGCCCGGCUUUGCGACACUUGUUCGUUCUGAGUGUCACCGCAUCCCGUCCUGUCAGAGCGAGAGAGCCAAUCAUCCACCAGAGCCGUUUUCUCGGAGCCUCCUCGCAUUGCCACGACCACGCGGGCGCAACUGCCAUGCAACGGCCGUCUUGCUCGAGCGAGGAAGCCUUCGAUGAGCUCUUGAGUCCUCACCCCACCGCUCGACUCGCUCCCUUUGAGUCGACCGACUUGCUCGAGUCGUACGGUCUGCUGGCAGACUCGCCUUUGCUUAAGGACGGCUGUACGCUCAGCCCAGCUGGGAUGGACGAGCUCACGUCCUCGCCUCUGUCACCCGAGAGCGUCUACUCGCACGUCAACGAGCACCACCACCACCACCAUCAUCAUCUCGCUCAGACCCGUUGCUCCUCGAACGACUCAGACUCUCAACCGGACCUCUUCCCGUCGCAGGACCCAUGCGGCGGCCGUCGUGAAUCGCUGACCGGUCAGUAUGCUCGAGCUGAUAACGGCUAUGAUGGCCAUCUCUUGCCGCUCAAUAUGUCGCCCGACCACUCCGCUCUUACGCACGGCAACGGACAUCACUCGUUCAACGAGGGGUAUCAAAGCUGCAUGUCUAAGCAUCCCGGCAGUGUCAAUCAUUUUCAUUUACCUGUCGGCUACAACCCCAACCAGCCACAACCGAUGACGCGCUCUCUGGCCAUGCCUUUCGACUGUGCACGUCAGUACGCCGCUUAUCCUACUCGCUCACAGUAUCCGUCAUUUCACACUGUACGCUCAUUUCACCGUCUCUCGCAUGAGCCGGCUGUAUCUCACGAGCAUGCUCUCGCGCAGAGCACGCUUGCCUACCCCUACAUGGGCCCCUUGACUCGCUCCACUCAAGAGCCUCUCUACUUCGACACGCCUUACGGCGGUUCUCACCUUUCGGCUUUGACCGCCAAUGUCACAGCAGCCGGUCCUGCUUUCGUUCCCGCUCAGACCAGUUUCUACUCUGGCUUGCCGCUUGCUUCGUACUCUUACCAAACGCACACUGCUGCUCAGCCGGUAUGUCUGACCCCGCAAGAUGGGCUCUCGCCCGCUAGCUCGGUCUUGUCGUCUGCCCACACGCUACCGAGCCUUCACCAGGCCGAUAAUCGAGACGACGCAGAGCGAAAUCACUCAGGUUCCGACACUUCCCCCUCACUGAAUGGACAACCUUUUGAGACCAUCAAUGGCUACGCGCUCAAGCCCGCCAACGCCCAUGAUCUCGUCAAGCAAGGGAUCUACACGGGUCUACCCGUCACACGCUUCAUCUCCACCCUCUGGUUCCUCGUCCAGAAUUCUGCAUUCGAGCGCUUCAUUCGCUGGCUGCCAGACCAGCGCUCUGUCCUCAUUGACAUGGGCCAGCCGCGCUUUGCCCAGUCUGUCUUGCUGCCUUAUUUCAACCACGCCAACGUCAAUUCGCUUCUUCGUCAGUUCAAUGUACGCGCGCACUUACUUGACAUGCUAGCAUGUUCGCUGAGCCACACUCGUUCGAAUGGUCAGGCUUAUGAUUUCGUCCGCUUAUCCGCCAGCCAGCUGCUCGAGCAGCUCGACGUCAUACCGCAAACGAGCGGCAAGCCCAGCAAACGCCACAAGGGUGCCAUGAGCCUCCGCGAAGAGACGCGUUCAAAGUAUGGAGCUGCUUUCGUCCAUCCCCUGUUCAACGUCUUGCGACCUCAUCUGACGGCCAUCAAACCAAAGAGCAAAGCCGGUAGGAAGGUCCAGGCUGCUCGACGUGCUGCUUCGAUCAGACGACGCACCUAGACGCUUGACGCGACAUUGGUCAUCUAUCACUUUCAGGACUGGCGAAUCACUGGAUGGUUUUCAUGGACGCUCUGCGACGUUGCUUACUCUGCCUUAUCGACACGAUUGAUUUGUGCCUUUCGUCUGGGUCUUUGCGACAAUUCUGUGCUAGAGGGAUGCAUGCCGGGUUCAUACUUCAUGCUACAUACAACAAGCGUAUACUUCGGAUUCAUUGGCGACUAUAGCUGAUUGACGCCCUUCCGUACUCGUCCGAACAGGUUCAUCGCAGCGUCUCUGACAUUGUCCACGCCGGCUUCGAGGCCUGCACCGGCAUUGCCCCCGACAUUGAGGGAAAGGUUGCCAAUUUU